GUUGACGCGCACAUCAUCGCUUCUUUACACACGUAAUCUACGUGGUUGCCUGUGCCUCCAAAUAUCCGUGAAACUCGACAGCCCUCCCUGCCGAGAAUGCAACGGGCACACGGGAGAUUCAGCCUUCCUUCUUUAUUUUCUUGUGAAAAGUCUAAAACUUGUCUCCUCGGACUCUGCGCGAAGUACGGAACUCGCCCGGUGGGACGACUGCCGGACGAGGCUGCAGACCUUGUGUCCGCGGACCGUAAUGAGAGGGGCUGUUUCCUCAGCAAAAGAGAGGAACUCCUCGGAGGAAGCGAAAUCUCUGGACGACGUUGGACGGUUGCUUAAAUGCACAUUAAGGUGUAGAGGGAAAAAUGCUUUUUCACUGGCAUUCUUCCGGUGUGCACAGAGAAAUCCCCCUUUUCCGCGACAGCUUCGAUCGACGCCCACUCAAAAUCUCUCGCUGGCGCCUCCCUGUCGACCCGGCUGCCCAGGCACGGUUUUUUCUCACCCUUUUUGGCCAGAAGAUGCGCGUGUUUCUCACUUUUGUCUUUCGAAGAACGCAAACUUUUCUCGCGCUGCGUGAAGAACUCGAGUUUUUACCUUUUUUCGCUCUUCGCCCUCUCUCUGUCUGUCUCGCUGGGUACGCCCGACGCGCGAGACACACACUGCGCGCAGUCUUCCCUCCUCGUCUCGCCAGCUCUGUUGUUCUUGUCGGGCAGCUCCUUUCCGCCAUGCAAGGACCGUCGGAUUUUCUGCAAACUGUGUUGCGGCGUCUUUGAUUUGCUUGUCUCGUUUCAAAACCGGCGCGAGACGAAACAAGUCAGUCCGCGAGGAACUGCAGAGCGGGACUCCACCUGGCGAGUCUCCAAGGUGCCUGGCAUGACACACACACUGAGGCAAGUCGCCGCCCGGCGACAACAGCCUGCCGUUCCUCUCAGCUGGCGCCGCUUCUCGCCUGCCUUCGAGUUUCUCUUUUUACACACAACAACCUCCUUUCUUCUCGACGAACAACGAUCGACUCCACCGCUCCGCACCCUCCGUCUCGACUUCUCUCCUUCUUCUUCCUCUUCUUCUUCCUCUUCUUCCUCCUCCUCGUCUUCUUGCUCUUCUUCCUCUUCCUCCCCUCCUUCUUCUGCUGUGCCUCACCGCGCGUCGUCUGUGCGCUUUUCUUCUUGUCUGGGUCCGUUGUCUCUCUCGUUUGCGUGUCUGUGUCUCUCUCUUCUUCCUCUCGCCCUCGGCGCGGAGGAGACGCGCGCGCCGCUGCAUCAGUCGGCGCUGGAGGCAGUCGCUUCGGCGCCGUCCUUCAAGUUCCUCGUGUGCCUAAGUCUCUCGGCCUUCCUGGCCGCGGGCGUCGUCGUCUCGCUGGGUCGCGCGAUCAAUCCUGUGGAAAUGUCGCGUCUGCCGCCUCUCUCACGCGCGGUCUUCCUCCCCGCCUACGCCCGGCCCUCGCCGGGAGCCCUCGAACUUUCGGGUGUACGUACACCUCCCGGGUCGCCGCCCUCCGCCCUCGGCCGCCGCAGAACCUCCCUGGAGGCGCAGCGGCUACCACGGCGCGAGGACAGUGGCGACGACGCGCCGGAGCGGGAGACAGCGUCUCGCGAAGGCGUCGAGCUUCCGAGACUCCUUUACGGCACUGCGUGGAAGAAAGACAACACGGCGCAACUCGUCAGGCAGGCACUCCUCGCCGGCUUCACUGGCGUCGACACAGCGUGUCAGCCGAAGCACUACGACGAGGCGGGGGUUGGCCGAGGCAUCCAGGAAUUUCUGCGAGAGAAGAACUUGCCCCGGAGCUCGCUUUUUAUUCAAACGAAGUUCACACCUCUCGACGGACAAGACCGCAGCAAGCCGCUCCCCUACGACCCACACGCGCCCGUCCACGAGCAAGUGAAACAGUCGCUUCGGACCUCUCUCGCCAAUUUGCAAGUGGACUUUUUAGACAGCGUGCUGCUGCAUUCGCCGCUGGGGAGUCUGGAGAGAACUCUGGAGGCCUGGCGAGCUCUCGAAGCGGCAGUGGACGAAGGCACCGUCCGCUUGAUCGGAAUAAGCAACUGCUACGACGUCGAGAUGCUCAGACGCCUGCACGCUGCGGCGCGACACAAGCCGAGAGUCCUGCAGAACCGGUUCUACGCAGAGACAGGAUACGACAAAGACCUCCAGAACUUCUGCCUCGAGCAAGGCGUAGUGUACGAGGCCUUCUGGACGCUCACGGCCAAUCCACACAUGCUGCGGUCUGCCGCCGUCCUCAGCGCAGCUCGCGUCUUCCACUGCACUCCGGCGCAGGUUUGGUUCCGAUAUUUGCUCGAGAAAGGCUUGGUGGUUUUGACUGGCACGACGUCUGCACAGCACAUGCGCGAAGACCUCGACGUUCUGGACGUGGACUUCUCUCAAGCUGCCUUCGACGAAAUCGACGCAGAAGUCGAGAAGUUCACCUGAAACGGAAAGCAGACCGGAAAAAGUCGAACCGAAAGACCUGGGAGAGGCAAAGGCGAGAACGAGCCGUGCAGUGAAGAACAAGAAGAAGAUCACGCGAGAGAAGAAGAAAGAGGUCGAGAUGGAGAAGAGCUGUGACAGAGUCGGUGUGGAGACCUCGAACUCCAGGCUCGAGUCCCAGGAAAGGAGGCGAGGACAGAAAGCGAGGAGAGCGUGUGACCGACAAACGUGGAUGGAGAGAGCAAGAGCCAGAAAAAGGGAGGGGUCAAAGCAGAGAAGGAAGUUCAGAAGACGAAGCCUGUGGACUUCCGGCUGCUUUUUCGUCUUCUUUCUCUUUUCAUGCAAUUCUUCCUAUGCAUCGGCUUUCCCUUCCUUCGUCCGUUCUCUCCGUCGAUGCGCUGCUCUCGCGCGUCGUGUGUUCCUGCGACAAAAUGCGUUUGCGAAUGUAGACUGUCUCCUAAUGUAAAGGAUGCGUGAAUGCACACGCGUACCUCUCCGCGUUUGUAUACACCCUGUAUGUGCAUAUAUAUAUAUAUAUAUAUAUAUAUAAAUAUUAUAUAUAUAUAUAUAUAUAUGUAAUGCACAUCUGAGCUUGGAAAACUGGUCUAUGGUGCCUGGCUGUGCGCAGCUGCUUUCCAGAAAUAUGUUUUUUAAUGAAAUGAUAGACAUUUUUGCAAGAGAACGCGCAUCGGUUGCAGAUCCGACCGCGUGCAACUCGUUUGAUUCUUUUCUGGGAGUUUCGCACAACGAAGCAGCCCCGUUCUACAGCAAGAGCGAUAGUUUUUCUCUCCGCAGAGGACCUGCGAGAAAAAGGCGACCCUGUAGAUGUGUGUAUAUGCAUGCAUGCAUAUAAUCAUCAUAAUUUGUGGAAUUAUUUAUAUUUACAUACGGGAUGCAUAUAUAUAUAUAUAUAUAUAUAUAUAUAUAAAUAUAUAUAUAAUUAUAUGCAUGUGUGCGUUUUCAUGCUUGUAUAUGUUGGUGUCGACCCGCGAUGAAGUCGCAAGGCUGCUAGGGAGAGAUGCGUUUUUCUGAAGGAAUUGUUUGUGGGCAUCUGCGCCUCGGAGGCACUGGGCUUCUCCGAAGAGGUUCUUGAAAGUAUU